UUUUCACUUAAGCUUGGAUGAGACAAAGCAUCGCUUUAGGUGGCGGGCACAGAUAGUAAAGCCUGGUUAGUACAAAUCUAUUACUUCCGCAUCAAGUGAGGCACAUUUUAUUGCUUAAUCCUUAUAACAACACUUCUCCCAUCAUUUUCGCCCAUUCAUUCAUUCUUCCCCGUCGCCGCCGCCAUCAUGUACCCCUGCGGCGGAAGUAGUGGCAGCCUCGAGGUGCUCUGCCGCCUGCUGAAGCGGCUCGACAUCGCCAAGAGCAGCGUCCAGGACACCGACGCGUCGACUGACGCCAGGUUCAUGCAGAUCAAGACCAAAAUGGAGGUGCUGCAGCUUAAGAUGGUGAGGGAGAUACUGUGCCGGGAAGACAGAGCCAUGGUGCAGCUCCGCCAAGUCGAGCACUACAUCGACGACAUGAUGAUGGGCACCAAGGACGCCCCGUCCUUCUCCUCCAUGCUGGUCGUCGAGAACCUCAACCGGAUCGACGCCUCCAUCGACAAGGCGAUCGCCGCUGCUGGCGAGAGCGCCGCUGCCGGCGAGAGCGCCGCCGUCUAUGACGGCCUCUACAAGCGGAUCAAGUCGAGUAAAGAUUUUGCAAAAACAGACGGCCCAUGGGGCCCCCGUUUAGGAAUAGAGUGGGACAUGGGCCCUCUUCCCAACAUCAAAACCAUCUACGUGAGCGCCGACGAUCGCAUCCAUUCCAUUCGAUUUGAAUACAAAAGCGAUGAUCACAAAGAAUACCGAACGCCGCUAAUAGGAGGAGAAGGGGGCACUCCACAUCAGAUUGAACUCGAUGCGGAAGAUCCCAUCAAAUUGAUAAGAGGAUUAUAUGACCCGGCUGGUUUAACCAAAUUGGAGAUCCUCACGAGCAAACACACACAUUCAUUCGGGAAGGGUAAUGAUAAAAGUAUCAGUUUCCCCCCUACAUCGAAACUCGAUUGCAAUUACAAAAUUGUGGGGUUUUUCGGAAGGGCAUCAUCUUAUGUUCAUGCACUAGGGGUCUAUUUGGAAAAAUGCCCUAAUUGCCCACCUGAUUCAAGCCCUUUCCCUACUAUACCCUGAUUGAUCAAUUAGCCAUUUUCAUUUUUUCAUAAUUAAUGAUCAUAUUUGCUAUAAUAAAGGAAGUCAUAGGAUACAUUCCAUGCACUUGGUGAGGCAUAUGUAAUGUGUGUGAUUUUAUGCAUUCAAAUAUAUGUAUUUGUGUAUUUGUAAUAAAAUUUCAUGGAAAAGGAUUG